CAGAAAAUGUCCUGUGGAGUUAAUUUCUUUUGCACCAGUCAAAAUUGCUAGAGAGACGGAAGAAAGAGACAAUACUCCUUGGAACUGAACCGUUAUCGAGGACAUGGUUCUGUGGAUCGAAUUUUUAUGAACAAGCUAACCAUUUUCGGCCAAAAAUGCAAUAUGUUGACUCCAAAAGUACGGUAGGCCGAAAGUUACAAUAGAAAAUAAUUUGGUUUUCUCGCCCAUGUUCUUACUAUAAGUCGAAAGGAGGUUGUAUCAGAUUUCCCAUUCUUCGAAAAAACUUGAACCAUUUAAAUAUUGAUUUGUUUAGUAGAAGUAUCUCACUGAAAAGAUAAGCCCUGUCAUCCUCCUCAGCAAGGCAAAUAAAUUAGUCUUGUUGCAGGUCGACCGUACGGUUCAACCAUCUCAUUAUCAGAUCAUAUCGUCGAAAACUGGGUGGAUCCAAAAAUUCACAGAGAGAAUUGAGAAUGAGGCGAGAAGUAGGUAGCCUGGGGUUCUGUUUAUCUUGUCUACUUGCGGUGAUUACGGUUUCGGAAGUGGUGAUUACAGGAGAUUCAAGAACCCAUUCAGGAGACAUUCAAAUUCUCAAAGAUUUUAAAAAUGGGCUCAACCCUGGUUCCAUCACCCCCGGCUCUUGCUUGAGCUCCUGGGACUUCUCUGUGGAUCCAUGCGAUUACUUAUUCAGCGACCGCUUCACUUGUGGCUUCAGGUGCGACCGCCUCGUCGCCGGCGCCAGCCGGGUUACCGAGAUCACCCUUGACCAGGCUGGUUACACCGGCACACUCUCUUCCUCCACCUGGAACCUCCCUUUUCUGCAAUUUCUCGACCUCUCUGAUAACUCCUUCUCCGGCUCCAUACCCGACUCCUUCUCCAACCUCACUCGUCUCCGCCGCCUCACUCUCUCUCGAAACUCCUUCUCCGGGGAGAUACCCAACUCCCUCGGCUCUCUCCCUAACCUCGAGGAACUCUAUCUCGAUAACAACCAUCUCCAAGGUCCCAUUCCAGCCAGCAUUAACGGUCUGAUAAGCUUGAAAAAGUUAGAACUUCAAGAAAACGCCCUGUCGGGCGCGUUUCCAGAUCUGGGUUCUCUUAAAAACCUCUAUUUUUUGGACGCCAGCGAUAACCAAAUCUGCGGCCAAAUCACAACUGCUUUACCGGCGUCCCUAUUGGAGCUCUCUAUCCGAAACAACAACUUGGAAGGAAACCUACCACAUAGAUUAGGGAGCUUGAAGUAUCUGCAGGUAAUGGAUCUGAGCGACAACAAACUCUCCGGGGUGAUAUCAUGGAUCGUGUUCGACCACCCAUCACUGCAACAGCUCACACUCUCUCACAACAACUUCUCCUUGUUGCAAGUGCCGAGCAACAUGGGUGAGGGUAGUAAAUUGAUAGCUCUUGAUCUGAGCUACAACCAACUUGGAGGACUGUUGCCGGCGUUCAUAGCGUCGAUGCCGAACCUGUCGGCAGUGUCAUUGGAGCACAACAAGUUCACAGGGAUGAUACCGUCUCAGUAUGCAUUGAAGACAGUGGUUGGUGGUGGGGGUGGAACGGCGUCGUUUGAGAGGCUGUUGCUGGGUGGUAACUACUUAUUCGGGCCGAUACCCGGUCCACUAAUGUUUCUGAAACCCGGUUAUGCUAACGUGAGCCUGGUGGACAAUUGUUUGUAUCGGUGCCCUAAUAGUUUCUUCUUUUGUCAAGGUGGGACUCAGAAGUCCCUGGUUGAUUGUAAGAAUUUUAGGCACUCAAUCCCAUAGGGCUUAGAAAAAAGUAUAUAUCUAUAGAUCCACUGAAGUCCACGGGCAUCAUAUCAUCUGUGUAACUCACAUUUCAAUUUCUCCUACUCUUCUGUUUUAUUUUAUUGGAGGGCACAAUCCUCUUGAGCUUGGAGGCUAAGACAUA